AUGAAAGAGUUUACUAUUGAUCCAUCAAAUCCAAGUUACAGUGUAUCAGAUGGAAUUUUAUUCAACAAAGCUCAAACAUAUCUUAUUAGAUUUCCUCCAAAUAAAAGUAAAACUUAUAUUAUACCUGAAAAAGUAAUAUCAAUAGCUGAUUGUUCGUUUGCAAAUUCAAUUAUUGAAUCUAUUCAAUUUUCGAGUGAUUUUCGAUCAAUUGGUGCUUGGGCAUUUGUAAGCUCAAAUCUUAAAUCAAUUGAAAUACCAGAUACUGUAACAACUAUUUAUGAUGGAGCUUUUGGAUCCUGCAUUUAUUUAAAUUCUGUUAUAAUUGGAAAAGGAAUUACUUCAAUUCCUGCACAAUGUUUUCAAAGAACAAAUAUUUCAUCAAUAACAAUUCCAUCAGGAAUAACAAAAAUUGAUAGUUAUGCAUUUGAUGGUUGUAAUAAUCUUAAAGAAGUUGUUUUACCAUCGAGCUUGAAAAAUCUUGGUGGUUCUUGUUUCCCAAGUAACACAAAUUUGACAUUCUCUGAAGGAUCUGAUUUUAUGAUUGAUGAUCAAAUGAUUGUUUAUAACAAAGCAAAAACAAACAUUGUAAUGAGUCUGAAUCAGAGUGAUAGUUAUGUCAUUCCAUCAACUGUCGAGAAAAUCAACAUUGAAACAUUUAUUUCAAAUCACAAUUUGAAGACAGUGGAAUUUGGAUUGAAUAUUAAUUUAUAUGAUAUUGGUGACAAAGCAUUCUUUGGGUGUGACAAGCUGUCAAGUAUCAACAUUCCUCUCACAGUUUCUAAAUUUGGUAAAUAUUCAUUCUCUGGAUGUAACUCUCUUCAAUCCGUCUUCUUUGGUGAUAACUUGAGUAUGAUCUCAGAUAAAUGUUUUGAGAAUUGCAUCUCUCUAAGAACUAUCAGUUUUGUUGAUAUUAAUUUAAGUGCAAAUAUCAGUCAGUAUGCAUUCAGUGGAUGUAGUUCUCUAUCAUCUGUCACACUGAAAAAAGGAAUUUUGAGUCUUGAUAUGUUUUGUUUCAGAGGAUGCACAAGUCUUAAUAAAAUAAACAUUCCAUCGACAGUUGUUUUCAUCGGGACAAAUGCAUUCCAGAACACGAACAUCGAAACUAUCACAUUUUCGACAGAUAGUCAUAUGCGUGUUCUUAACCAGUACGUUUUCAGUGGAUGCAACACACUUCGAAGUAUCGAAAACAUUCCUAGUGGUAUCGAGUCCAUCGAAUCUAACUGUUUCGAGUUCACAAAUCUCGAAACAUUCACAGUUCCAGUCUCAACAGUCAGUAUCUCAGACUAUGCAUUCCGAGGUUGCACAUCUCUUCGUGUCUUCACUAUUCCAUCAGGUUGUCUUCUUAGUAAUAUCGGAAACUUCAUCUUAACCGGAUGCACAUCUCUUAGUGUUAUCGAGUGUGAUAACAGCGAACACUUCGUUGUCGACAACGGUGCACUUUUCAACAAAGAACGAAGCAAUCUUAUUUACUUCCCUCCUGCAUCUUCGAUCAAGUUCUUCUGCUUCUCACAGAACGUCAAGAGUAUCUCAUCCAGUGCAUUCUUCGGAUGCAAGCAUCUUGAAGGUAUCAUGAUCCCAGACAACUCUAUCGAAACUAUCUGUUUCUCAGCAUUCUCUGAAUGCACAUCUCUGAAGUACAUCAACAUACCUCUCUGUGUGAAGACGAUCGAACAAAACGCAUUCUCAGGAUGCAUCAACCUUCACUGCGGUGUUAACAUACAGAACAAGACUCGUUCAUAUAUUGAUAACAUUGUUGUUUCUAGUGGUCUUAGUAUCAACUCUAUGAAAUCAUGUUCACUGAUCACAUGCAAACUGAUUCACUACCAAAAUCCUGUUUCAAAUUCAUAUCUAUAUGUUUUCAUACUAUUGUAA